AACACUCCCCCCGCCGCGGCGUUCCCCUGUCCGUCCUCGCCCAGUCGCCCUCGGCCACCACACUUCGCUCUCGCUCCACGCCGCCGCGUACCGCUAUUAAUACCACCACCUCCUCCGCCAGACGGCCACCACCGUGCUCCGUACAAACUCAGCUCCGACCAUGGCCGCCGCCGCGGCCUCGUUCGCCGCCCUUCCGUGCCUCCUGCUGUUGCUGCUGCUGCCGUCGUUCGGCGCCGCCUCCAACGUGACGUACGACCACCGCUCCCUCAUCAUCGACGGCCGCCGCCGCCUCGUCAUCUCCACCUCCAUCCACUACCCCCGCAGCGUCCCCGAGAUGUGGCCCAAGCUGGUGGCCGAGGCCAAGGACGGCGGCGCCGACUGCAUCGAGACCUACGUCUUCUGGAACGGCCAUGAGAUCGCCCCAGGCCAGUACUACUUCGAGGAUAGGUUCGACCUGGUACGGUUCGUGAAGGUCGUCAGGGACGCCGGCCUGCUUUUGAUCCUGCGCAUUGGGCCGUUCGUCGCCGCCGAGUGGAACUUUGGAGGCGUGCCGGUGUGGUUGCAUUACGUGCCAGGAACGGUUUUCCGUACGAACAAUGAACCAUUCAAGAGCCAUAUGCAGAGCUUCACGACGUACAUCGUGAAUAUGAUGAAGAAAGAGCAGCUCUUUGCUUCGCAGGGAGGGAAUAUUAUCCUAGCUCAGAUUGAAAAUGAAUAUGGGGGUUAUCUUGAGCAGUAUUAUGGAACUGCCGGCAAGGCAUACGCAAUGUGGGCAGCUAGUAUGGCGCUUGCUCAGAACACCGGUGUCCCUUGGAUAAUGUGCCAGCAGCCUGAUGCUCCCGAUCCUGUGAUAAACACCUGCAAUUCAUUCUACUGUGAUAACUUCCAGCCAAAUUCGCCUACCAAGCCAAAAUUUUGGACUGAGAACUGGCCAGGAUGGUUCCAGACGUUUGGUGAAAGUAAUCCCCACAGACCACCUGAAGAUGUUGCAUUUGCCGUUGCACGUUUUUUUGAGAAAGGUGGUAGUGUUCAGAAUUACUAUGUGUACCAUGGUGGAACGAACUUCGGUCGCACUACUGGGGGUCCAUUCAUUACAACUAGCUACGACUAUGAUGCACCAAUUGAUGAAUACGGUCUUAGGAGAUUUCCAAAGUGGGCACAUCUGAAGGAGCUUCACAAAUCUAUAAAAUUGUGUGAGCAUACCUUGCUGUGUGGAAACACGUCUUUUGUUUCCCUGGGGCCUAAACAAGAGGCUGAUAUUUACACUGAUCAGUCUGGAGGUUGUGUUGCAUUUCUGGCGAACAUUGAUUCAGACAAGGACAAAGUCGUCACUUUCCGUAACAGGCAAUAUGAUCUUCCUGCUUGGUCAGUUAGUAUCCUUCCUGACUGCAAGAAUGUGGUGUUCAACACUGCUAAGGUGCAAUCUCAAACUUCGAUGGUGGUGAUGGUUCCAGAAAGUUUGCAAGCGGCAAAACCUGAUCGUUGGAGCAUUUUCAGAGAGACAACUGGGAUUUGGGGUAAAAAUAACUUCAUCCGAAAUGGAUUUGUGGACCAUAUUAAUACUACAAAGGACACCACUGACUACCUAUGGUAUACAACAAGUUUUAGUGUGGAUGGAAGUUACUCCUCGAAAGGGACCCAAGCUGUUCUUAAUAUUGACUCCAAAGGCCAUGGAGUCCAUGCUUUCCUGAAUAAUGAGCUUAUAGGUAGUGCAUAUGGCAAUGGCUCACAAUCAAGUUUCACUGUGGGAUUGCCUAUCAACUUGAGGACUGGGAAGAAUGAUCUUGCCCUUCUGAGUAUGACCGUUGGUUUACAAAAUGCAGGACCCUCAUAUGAAUGGAUAGGAGCAGGCUUUACAAAUGUGAGCAUCUCUGGUUUGAAAAAUGGAGUUGUAGACUUGUCUUCAAAUAAUUGGACGUACAAGAUUGGAUUGGAAGGGGAAUAUUAUAGUUUGUUCAAGCCCGAUCAGAGAAGUAACAAACGGUGGGUACCACAAUCCGAGCCACCGAAGAACCAACCUUUGACAUGGUACAAGGUAAAUGUUGAUGUUCCCCAAGGAGAUGACCCAGUUGGGAUAGACAUGCUGUCUAUGGGGAAAGGCCUGGCUUGGUUGAAUGGAAAUGCCAUUGGGAGGUAUUGGCCCAGGACUAGUUCCACUGAUAAUAGGUGCACUCCCAGCUGUAACUACAGGGGAACAUUUGAUCCAAACAAAUGCAGGACAGGUUGUGGACAGCCAACUCAGAGAUGGUAUCAUGUCCCAAGGUCAUGGUUUCAUCCGUCUGGGAACACCCUUGUAGUUUUCGAGGAGAAGGGUGGGGAUCCUACGAAGAUCACAUUCUCCAGAAGAGUCGUGUCAAGCGUGUGCUCCUUUGUGUCAGAGCACUAUCCCUCCAUAGACGCGGAGUCCUGGGAUAAAAGUACCACAAAUGACGCCACAACAGCAGCCAAAGUGCAGCUGUCUUGCCCCAAUGGCAAAAAUAUAUCUUCAGUAAAGUUCGCAAGCUUGGGAAACCCCAGUGGAACAUGCAGAUCGUACCAAAAGGGAAGCUGCCACCACCCGAACUCCUUAUCUGUUGUUGAGAAGGCCUGUUUGAACACCAAUAGCUGUGCAGUCUCCCUCUCAGAUGGGGGCUUCGGGAAAGAUUUAUGCCCUGGAGUCACCAAAACACUUGCUGUCGAAGCAGACUGUUCUUAGGGAGCUACCUCUGUUAUGCACUCCAGGUUCCACUACAAGUGCGCUUAUCAAAAAAUUAUAAAUUGUAGUGCUUGCUGCGCAGCAUGCUAUGUUAACUUGGAUUUGAAAAAAAAAAUCCUACCUAGAUGUAGGUUAUGGCUCUGCGAGCUUUCGCUUUGCUGAAACUUGAAAGGUGUUGCUGAACAGUGACCCAAAGCUGAGUCCUGAUGAAAGGUGACAGUUAAGGAUAGUGAUUGAUACUGAUCAUCCGCGCAAGAAAAUGCAUCGUACACUAGGAUCUGUUGAACUGUUUGAUCGAGAACCACGAACGAACUGCCAAUGGCGCAUGGAGAUCCGAUGCACAUGGCACUGUUCUGAAUUGGCAUCCUCUUCUGUUAUGUAUAUCAGAUCGCACUGAAAUACUGAAUAGAGCUCCUGCAUUGCCCCCA